AUGGAUAUGCUUGAUGACAUUGAAACUUCCUGCAAUUGUAUAAAGAGAUUAACUAAUGAAGGAAGGCAGUCCAUUUUUGAAACUCUCUUGCAGUAUAGUGAUGGUGGAAAAUUGAGAAGAGGGACAAUUAAGAAUGUUGCAAACUUAUUCCAGAUAAAUGUCAUAACUAGAUUUCCAAAAAGACCUGGACGGAAACAAGUGGAAAUAGAUUUCACCUCCAUUAUGACAAUUCCUCUUCGCCGCCGAACAAACAUUCGUUCUCUCUCCAGUGAAAUGAAAGUGGCUAAGUCAACUCUUCAUCGACGAAUUAAAGAAGGUGCUAUUAGGCCGCAUUCAAAUGCAUUGAAACCACAGUUGACGGAUGAAAAUAAGCAAGUAAGACUUCGAUUUUGCUUGUCAAUGCUUGAAUCUGAAAGUCUCAAUACUAAACCAGUUUUUAGGGGUAUGUUUAAUGUUGUUCAUGUUGAUGAAAAAUGGUUUUAUAUGACUAAAGAAUCCGAAAGGUACUAUCUUCAUCCUGAGGAAGAGCAACCUCUUCGAACAUGUAAGAGCAAAAAAUUCAUUGCGAAGGUUAUGUUUCUAGUUGCUGUAGUUCGACCUCGGUUUGAUUGCUCUUACUACUGA